UCUUGGAGUUCAUCAAUGGGAAUUUCAGCAGCUUCCCAUUCAGUCUCUCUGUGGAAGUGAUCCCAAAAAGUUCACAAAAGUCGCGUUUUGCGAUGGAUUUCAAAGCUUUUAUCUUUCUUCUGUUUAUCCUCCUGCUCCAAGACAUUCCUGUUCACUGUGCUAAGGAAUCAAGGGGUAGUGGGAAGGCGCGUAUGAAUCUUCAUGGGAAUCCACAUGGAAACCAGCACGGAAAUCCCCAUGUUAAUCCUGAAAUUGAGAAUGUAGCGUCCUGCCCAGAGAUCUUGGGCAAAAGAAAUUGGGGUGGGCGAGAUCCCUUCAAAGUUUUCUACACGAUCUUACCGGUUGAGUACGUUAUUAUCCAUCAUACGUUCACUACUGGCUGUUAUAUGGGGAGCCAGUGUGUCCCAAUUGUGAAAGAGUUGCAGAAUUUUCACAUGGAUGAACUGGAAUACAAUGACAUCGCAUUCAACUUCUUAAUUGGGUGCGAUGGAAGUAUUUAUGAAGGUGUUGGAUGGCACAGAAGAGGCAACCACACUUAUGGCUAUGACAACCGGUCAAUUGGAAUAGCUUUCAUAGGGAAUUACAAUAAUUUUUCACCGACACAAGUUUCUGUUGAAGCUGCUAAGCAUCUUAUUGAAUGCGGGAUUAGCAACAAUGAGCUAUCCAAAGAUGUAAAAGUUUACGCUGCAAGACAAGUGGAGAGCACACAGAGUCCUGGAUUGCAUCUCUUAAAUAACAUGAGAACUUGGCCGCAUUUUGUAGAACAUUAAAAUAAUUGUUUGUCCUUUGCAUUUCUUCUUGUAUUUUUGGCGAAAAAUAAAAGGCUCUUUUGAAUU